AUGUCUUGGUUUAGUGGUGUCCUGGUGCCAAAGGUAGAUGAACGGAAAAUGGCCUGGGGUGAACGAAAUGGGCAGAAGCGCCCGAACCGAGGAGCCAGGGGCAGUGGCUUUUGUGGUGCCCACUACAUGAGCUGCCUCCAGGAUGCUGAACCACCAAGCCCUGCUCCUCCAGCCCCUGCACGAUGUCCCUGGCAGGAUGAUGCCUAUUCUCGGAAGGGGGGCCCAGUUGGGGGAAAAGAACUAGGGCUGAGGUCUGUUGCCCUGGGCUUUGAGGACAGUGAGGCAGCAGCACCCACUGGGAUGCCUGGGAGUGCAAGUUCUUGUUGGCAACACCUGGCAAAGGUGUUUCAGUCAAAGCAGUUUCAAUCAGCCAAGUUGGAACGGCUAUACCAACGUUAUUUCUUCCAGAUGAACCAGAGCAGCUUAACCCUGCUGAUGGGGGUGCUGGUGCUACUGACAGUUGUGCUUCUGGCCUUUCAUGCGGCCCCUGCUCACCCGCACCCUGCCUAUGUGGCAUUCCUAGUUGGGGCUGCUAUUCUCUUUGUGGUCCUCAUGGUGAUGUGUAAUCGUCCUGGCUUUCGCCAAGAUUUCAUGUGGGUGGUGAGCUAUGUGGUGCUGGCCGUUCUGGCUGCUGUGCAGGUUGGAGUGGCCUUGGUGGCUGCCCCUCAAAGUGCCUCAGCUGGGCUGUGGUGCCCAGUGUUCUUUGUUUACAUCACCUAUACCCUGUUACCUGUCCGAAUGAGGGCAGCUGUGCUGAGUGGCCUGGGCCUCUCUGCUCUCCACCUGCUUGUCGCCUGGCAGCUCAACAGAGGCGAUACCUUCCUCUGGAAACAGCUCAGUGCCAACGUGCUCCUGUUCCUUUGUACCAAUAUCAUUGGCAUAUGCACCCACUAUCCAGCUGAAGUGUCUCAGCGUCAGGCCUUUCAAGAGACUCGAGGCUACAUCCAGGCCCGGCUACAUCUUCAGCAUGAGAACCGGCAACAGGAGCGACUGCUGCUCUCAGUAUUACCCCAACAUGUUGCCAUGGAGAUGAAGGAAGACAUAAACACCAAGAAAGAGGACAUGAUGUUUCAUAAGAUUUAUAUCCAGAAGCAUGACAAUGUCAGCAUCCUGUUUGCUGACAUCGAGGGCUUCACCAGCUUGGCUUCCCAGUGUACUGCACAGGAAUUGGUCAUGACCCUUAAUGAGCUCUUCGCCCGAUUUGAUAAACUGGCUUCGGAAAAUCACUGCCUACGGAUCAAGAUCCUGGGGGACUGUUACUAUUGUGUCUCUGGAUUGCCAGAGGCCCGGGCUGACCAUGCCCACUGCUGUGUGGAGAUGGGUGUGGACAUGAUCGAGGCUAUCUCGCUGGUUCGGGAAGUCACAGGUGUGAAUGUGAAUAUGCGUGUGGGUAUCCACAGUGGGAGAGUGCACUGUGGCGUCCUAGGCCUUCGAAAAUGGCAGUUUGAUGUCUGGUCCAAUGAUGUCACCUUGGCCAAUCACAUGGAGGCUGGAGGCCGGGCAGGCCGGAUCCAUAUUACCAGGGCCACUCUGCAAUAUCUAAAUGGGGACUAUGAAGUAGAGCCUGGCAGGGGUGGAGAACGGAAUGCCUAUCUCAAAGAGCAGCACAUUGAGACCUUCCUGAUUCUGGGGGCCAGCCAAAAACGGAAAGAAGAGAAGGCCAUGUUGGCCAAGCUGCAGCGGACUCGGGCCAACUCCAAUGAGGGGCUGAUGCCACGCUGGGUGCCUGAUCGUUCUUUUUCUCGACCCAAGGACUCCAAAGCUUUCCGGCAGAUGGGCAUCGAUGAUUCAAGUAAAGACAACCGUGGUGUCCAGGAAGCCCUCAACCCCGAGGAUGAGGUGGAUGAAUUCUUGAGUCGUGCCAUUGAUGCCCGAAGUAUUGAUCAGUUGCGAAAAGACCAUGUACGUCGAUUCCUUCUCACCUUCCAGACACCGGAACUUGAGAAGAAGUAUUCUCGGAAAGUGGAUGCCCGCUUUGGGGGUUACGUGGCCUGCACGUUGCUAGUCUUCUGUUUCGUCUGCUUCAUCCAGCUCCUUGUCGUCCCACAUUCACUACUGAUGCUGGGACUUUACAUCAGCAUUUUCCUUCUGCUGACAGUCACAGUCUUGGUCUGUGCAGUCUAUUCCUGUGGUUCCCUAUUCCCAAAGUUCCUGCAGCACCUCUCCCGUAGCAUCGUCCGUUCACGUGCCCACAGCACAGCAGUUGGCAUCUUUUCUGUCCUACUUGUCUUCAUCGCUGCCAUUGCCAACAUGUUUACCUGUAACCAUACGCCUAUACGAAUCUGUGCAGCCCGGAUGCUGAACCUGACACCUGCAGACAUCACUGCCUGUCACCUGCCACAGCUCAACUACUCACUUGGUUCAGAUGCCCCUCUCUGUGAGGGUACUUCACCCACCUGCAGCUUCCCUGAGUACUUCAAUGGGAGCUUACUGCUGAGUCUCCUGGCUGGCUCUGUCUUCCUUCACAUAAGCAGCAUUGGGAAGCUGGUACUGACCCUUGCCCUAGGGCUGCUCUAUCUGGCAUUGCUUCUGCUGGGCCCUCCAUCUGCCAUCUUUGACAACUAUGACCUGCUGCUUCGUGCUCAUGCAUUGUCACUUGUCAAUGGAACCCUCUAUGGGCCAGACUGCCCUGCAGGUGAGAAGGUGGCCCUGAAGUAUAUGACACCCGUCAUCCUGUUAGUGUUUGCACUAGCACUCUACUUGCAUGCCCAGCAGGUGGAGUCAACUGCUCGCCUGGACUUUCUGUGGAAACUGCAGGCAACAGGAGAGAAAGAGUAUAUGGAAGAACUCCAGGCGUAUAACCGACGGUUACUGCACAAUAUCCUGCCUAAGGAUGUGGCAGCACACUUCCUAGCCCGGGAACGGCGCAACGACGAACUUUACUAUCAGUCCUGUGAGUGUGUGGCUGUCAUGUUUGCCUCCAUUGCAAACUUCUCCGAGUUCUAUGUAGAGUUAGAAGCCAACAAUGAGGGUGUCGAGUGCCUACGGCUGCUCAAUGAGAUCAUUGCUGACUUCGAUGAGAUCAUCAGUGAAGACCAGUUCAGGCAACUGGAAAAGAUUAAGACAAUUGGAAGUACCUACAUGGCAGCCUCAGGACUGAAUGCAGCCACCUAUGAUCGGGUGGGACGUUCCCAUAUCACAGCACUUGCCGACUAUGCCAUGCGGCUCAUGGAACAGAUGAAGCACAUCAAUGAACACUCCUUCAACAACUUCCAGAUGAAAAUUGGGCUGAACAUUGGCCCAGUAGUGGCAGGUGUUAUUGGGGCACGAAAGCCACAAUAUGACAUCUGGGGGAAUACAGUGAAUGUGUCAAGUCGUAUGGACAGUACAGGGAUCCCUGACCGAAUCCAGGUGACCACUGACCUGUACCAGGUUCUAGUUGCCAAGGGCUACCAGCUGGAAUGUCGAGGGGUGGUCAAGGUGAAAGGCAAGGGGGAGAUGACUACCUACUUCCUCAAUGGUGGCCCCAGCAGUUAACAGGACCCAGCACAAGUCUCAGCUGAAAGGAAGAAGCUGGGCAUUAAGUGGGCUCUGUUCCCACUGGGAGGCGCAAUGGAACAGAUGCCCUAGGGCUCCAGACUCUGCAAACCACAAAAGGGAAAAAACCAGCAUGCUGGUGCUCAGGCUGUGCCUGGAUUGUGCCUGCUCCGCCCUUGAACCGGUGAAUGAGGGAGCAAAAAGAAAAUUUUGCAAGUGAAUUUAUUUUCUUAUCUGGGAUUAGAAUUGCUUGCUCCCUUUUCCCUUCUUCUACUGCCUUGAAGGGCUGGGGGAGAAGAAAGAGGAGAUCACAGAAAGGAAGAACCUUUCAUACCUUUUGUGGCUCAUAAGUCAUCCUUGAACCCUGUUAUCUUUCCUGGUUAUAGGACUCAGAAUUGGAGGGUACCUCCACAGGUCAUCUAAUCCAGUCCAUAUCUAAAAAGAAUCCCUUCUAAAAACAUCCUCCACAAGUGGCCAUUCUUCCUUAGUAGGAAGUCUUAAGUAAUGGGAAACUCACUACCUCCCAAGAACUGCCCAUUCUACUUUUGGAUAGCUCUAAUUAUUAGGAAAUUUUUCCUUAGAUAGAGCCAGAGUUUGCUCCACACAUUGCUCAUAGUCCUGCUCUCUGGAGACAAGCAAAAGAAGUGUAAUUCCUUUUUCCCGUGACAACCUUUCAAAUAUUUGACAACAGUUGAGUUUCUCCUAAGUCUUCUCUUUUCUAGGCUAAACAUCCCUAACGACUUUAACCGAAUCUUCUUUGGCAAGGUUUUUUGGACAAGGCAACCAAGAAAUCCUGGUAGCCUACUUCAGAUGUGCUUCAGUUUGUUAAUGUCCUUUCUAAAAUAGCGGGAGGGAGUGGGAGGGUGGCCCAGAACUGAACACAAUACCCUAGGUGUGAUCUGAUCAGGUUAGAAUACAGCCAAGUAGAAACUCCCUCAGUUUGGACCCUGUUCUGGUAUUAAUACAGCCUAAGAUUGAAUGAGCUCAGAGUCCCCUUUUCUGCUGACUUUGCUGUCCAACUAGAACUCUGGGACCUUUUUCACAUAAGCUAUUGUCUAACCCCAUCUCCCUCAGCUAGUACUUAACUUUUUUUAAAAAACCUAAAUGUAAGGUCUUUAUAUUUAUUUGUAUUGAAUUUCUCUUACUAUUUUUAAGCCAUUGUUUUUGCCCGAGCCUGUUAAGGUGUUUCCAGAUCCUGGCUUUGUCAUCCAAUAAGUUAGGUAUCUCUCCAAGCAUUGUGUCAUCUAGAACUGUGAUAAAUGUUCUGUCUACACUUUCAUCCAAGGUUUUAGUCAAAAUAUUAAGACAGAACCAAAGAGAAAGGCUUCCAGCCUCAAGGUUGACACUGAUCUGUUAAUUAUCAUUUUGGGGAGAGGGUUUAUUUAAUUCUAAAUACAUCCAACUGUAUUAUCAUCUAGCCUGCAAUUCUCCAUACUCUCCCAAUAUCAAAUGAGGAUUUUUCUAAACACCUUACUGAAAUCCAGCCAUAUAUUGACUUUACCAUUACUUUGGCAGGGCUUUGAUAACCCUGAUAGAAAACGAAAAGUGGUUAAUCUGGUGUGAUUUGUUGAUUAACCUGUGUUGUCUUAUAGGAAUUUAUUACUUCCCAUUCUAAGUGCUCAAAAACAGUUGCUUUAAUAAUUUCAAGAAUUGUUGGGAUAGUGGGCUCAAGACUGGGCAUCCUGCUCUCCUUUUUUCUGCUGGUCCUGAGAGCAUGUCGUUUAAAGACCAGCAUGGGUAAAUGGAGUGUACAUUCUAUGCCUGCCUUCUUCAUGCCCAAUCCAUGCCUAUCCCCAUAAUGAGGUUCCCUAGCUGAUUUCAACCAGGUUCUUCUCUUCAAGCACUUACCAGGUUUGGGGAGAAGAAGAGAGGAAAACAGAAAAAGCUUUUCAUUGAGAGCUCUACUUUUUCCAUCUUUUAAGAGAUAGUUUAUUUUUUCCUACCCUUCUAGACUCCUAAAGGAGCUAAAGUGACUUCUUAUUCCUGCUGUCCCAAUUCUGCUGUCCCCUUGGGGAAUGGCAGUGGGUUUAGAUCUGGUGCUGUGAAAUGGGCUCAGGCCAAAUUUUGAAGGGAUGGAUGAUGUCACAGAAGUGAGCCAUGAUGUACGUCAUCCCUAAGUGCCAAAGAGAGUGGUUCAGGGCACAGGUUUUUUGUUUUUUUUUAACCUGUGUCUUCUCUGCUCAUGUAGGGCCUCAUUAGAGAAGAAAUGUCAGGGUAUCCAAUUCCCUCUUGCACAGUUCUUCCUAGCUGACCAUUCAAGGCAGCACAGAGCUUCUCCACCUCCUUAGGUUCCUAGCCUAAUGUGUAAUAAAGAUAGGAACAAAUUUUAAAGGAUUAGAGUGUGGCAGUGGGCAUUAUUAUCCAGCCCCAAACCCCAAGUGUACAUAAAGCUAGGGCUAAAGAGGAUAUGUAUGUGUGUGUGUGUGGGAGGGGGGUAUCUGGUCCCCUAGUCUUCAGUGAUCUAGGUUCUUUCUCUAGUGUGUUUCUGGUUUCUUAAGAGUAGGGCAGGGCUCCCAUCCUAGGAGAGUGGAAAGAGAAGUGCUCAGGUGGCAGCAGCAGGAGCAAACACUUCUGGCAGAAGGGGGAAGCUAUGGGCUAGGGCUCUAUACUUCGUGUGCCAAAUUCCAAAGUGCCAUUUGUGUGGAGGCUAUAUGUGCUCCAUUACUGUUUUCCUGUUCUGGUGAGGAGGGACUAUCUCCAGAAGUUCCUUUUCCCAUUAAAUCUUGAGUUGUUUUGGGUAUGAUGGGCAGAGGCUCAGGAAUUUUAGGGGUGCCACUACUUUGGUCCUUGGAAAUUUUAUGCCUUCAAGAGUAGGGAGGCAUAGGGACUCAGAUACUAGAACUAGGGACCUUGAGGGUUACCCUAAGCUCUGCCAUUCCCACCUUUUGAACUCUGGGUCUCAGGUUUGCCUGGUCCCUUCCCUUUCCUCCCUCAUGAUUUAAAAGGACUGCCAGAAGAAGAGUAAGUAGGUCAGGAGCCACAAUUCAUGUAUUUUUCCUCCUGCUUCCCUCUUCUCUCUCUCUCAACCUUCAUGCCUCUGGCUUGAGCUAGUUGGUGCCUUGGUUUCUCUUUCUAAACCAUAAGUCUAGAUAUACUAGCUUGGGUUAUGCUUAGAGAUCACUUUGCAGGAUAGCUGCAGAGUAAAGGGCAAAGGUCCCUUAGGUACCCAGAAAUAGGGGAGCAAGAGAAUGUCCUCAAGCUCUUUUCUUCAAGGCUGAAUUAUCCUCAGGCCCAUUUUAGUGCUACAUCUUCCUCCUUUUCAGCUACCUUACUAUGGGUAGAUUCAAGUAUCUAUAUCUAGGCUUGGGUACCAGGUACUUCCCCCAGCCAAAUUUUGCCUAUCUGGGGAAGGGCAGACCCAAAUAGGAGAUUAGACCUCUCCCAUGAGAAGAGAGAAAGUGUGGCAUAGUGGAUAGAGAGUUGGCUUAUGAGUCAGAAAGGCUUGGAUUUGGGUUCCAUAUGAUCUUUUUAUGACCCUGGGCAGGUGACUUCACAACCUCUCAGUGCCUCUAGGCAGCUCUCCUUGUUUUCAGUUGCAGAGCAAGGUGCUGACUGCAUUGGGAAGAGGAAGUUCCCUCUUUGGAAGUUUCCUAUAGCCAUGGAAUCUCAGAUGUAGUACAAAAGAGUGACAGAAAGGGGUUCUUAUCAUUGGAAAACAUGUAGGGCUAGAUAGGAGAAAAGAGUGUUAUGUGGUCAUGUGCCCCCAACUUGGGAGUCUGGGCAAAGUGGGGGAGCCCUGAGGGCACCCAGCUGUCCCUUCUUAUUGCCCAGGGAUUGAAGGAGCCUAGCUGCUCCUUAUACUCCUAGUGCCAGUGGUUCCUUUUCCCUUUGUGCCAUCUCCCUCCCCCUGCCUUCUAUUUCAAAGAGGAGUUUUAGGGGGAAGGUAGGGUUUGGUUUUAUAAUUUAACCACUGGAGAGCAGGGGGCCAGGGAUAAUGCAACAUGUAUUUCAAUGAAAUAUUUAAUAUAUUUAAAUAUCAAUAAAAUUAAACUUUGUAAAAC